UAUUUUUUAUUUCACUUCUUUCUUAAUUUAGAGAGUUCAUAAUAUAUAUAUAUAAGUUGUGUUGAAGAAAGAGUUCGUAAAGAAGUGUGUCUUUUGGUUUGAGUUAUUCGUUAUUAUAUAUAUACAUUUGUUUUAACAACCACACUUAUUAUUAUAUUUUUUCUUACUUACUUCCUAAACAUGUGUACUGGAAAAUCAUCAUCAUACACAAAAUCCUCACCCAAUAAGUUUGGGAAAACAAGUCCAACUUCUUCUGUGAUCUCCAUGGGUUCCAGUGGUAAAGGAAUGACCAAAGUGGAACCACUCAAAGACAGGGCCAAUGCCAAAGCCAAGAAUGUUGCAAAGGCACCAGCAAAAGAGAACAAAAAGCCACUCGAGUUCAAGCUUCAUUCUGGCGAGAGAGCAGUGAAACGUGCAAUGUUCAACUAUUCGGUUGCAACUAAUUAUUAUAUCAUGAAACUGCAGAAAAAACAAGAAGAAAGGUUGCAAAAGAUGAUAGAAGAGGAAGAGAUUCGUAUGCUAAGGAAAGAAAUGGUUCCAAAAGCUCAACUGAUGCCUUUCUUCGACCGACCUUUUCUCCCACAACGAUCGAGCAGACCAUUGACGAUGCCAAAGGAGCCAAGCUUUGGGAACGUAAACAGCACAUGUUGGACUUGUGUUUUCAACAACCAAGACUAUCUCUACCAUAUGAUUGAUCAUGCUCAUGUAUAAAUAUCCUCGAGUCACACUAGCUCAUUAUAGAGGCUUUUUCUUAUUUUCAUUUUGAAAUGUUCUUGGCAGCUUUUGUGUUAUUUCUUCCUUGCCUCUUUCUAUUUUUUUCUUUUUAAAAUUCAGUUUUUAUCUUUGUAAGUUUGUCCGUAGAUUAAAUAAACGAGCAAAAUACCAAUUUGGAGGC